UCAUAAUAUACAUGAAUGACACUGACGAGCGUACAGUCGGUUUGGUUUGUAAUACAUAUAUAUGGUGUUGUCAUGGUUUUACUGCGAAUGGAAACAUGUAGAUAUUAAGUCCAUGAUAUGGAAAUACAUACAGAUAUAGAUGUAGAUUAAACACGUUUCAAAUUGUAUUAAUAAUUACAAUCAAAAUAAUCAUAAUGCACGUUUGUAAACGCGGAAGUAAACAACAACACACAAGGGAGAUAAUAUAGUGGCACGCUGACUUGGCUGGGUAUUUUAUACAGCUUCAGUGAUCAGACCUCUGGCGACAGUUCUUUCAUUACUGUAUUGGAACAUAUAUCUAAAGUUGUAUUGAGUCAAUCAUAUAGCAAAGCCCGUGGAUGAUUUCAAAUUAAAGUUGAACGCCACUGUGUCGACCUUGAAGGGACCUGAGAUAGUUCGACUUAUACUUGUGUUCGACACAUUCGCCUACAGUGGAGUAAACCAUUGAACGGUUAAAACACGAAAUACCAUAUUAAGUUAUCUGUAAAAAGGAUAAAAACUAAAACAAUGACUUUGUAGAAUAAUUUUCAUUUUUGUUAAGCAAUUAAUUUUGUUUACAUACCUUUACGUAUGAUAUAGAUUAUCAUGAUAUAAAAAUCACGUCACAUGAUAUAAAUACCAGCUAAAAUAUGUUACGUUGUAACUGAAUUAGAUCGAGGUGCGUACGUUACUAGGCAUUAUGCAAGUUCACCAUCAACUGCUAACAGUGUAUAUUUAAAAUAAAGAAUACAUGAUAUCUCUUCAAAGGAAAAUUGUGUCCGAAUUGUAUGACCAAUCAAAUUACUUACCCUGUGAUCGAAGUAAUUUUAUGGUACAAUAUUGUCUAUUCGCUGGACUAACGCUUUAGGUGAGCCAGGAUCCUGUGAUCAUGGGUUUGAAUCCUAGAUUCGCCCUGACAAUGAUCCUUGGUUUGUGAUCUCAUAAGCACAUGUUUAUGAUAAAAUCGGAAUCGUACAGUCGAGAUUUCUUAUGAUCAUGGAAAUGUUUCACAACACUCACAGGUUUCAACAACGUUGCCAAGAUUCGAUUAAUCAGAUUGCCGUGAAAUAGCCGUUAUAUUGCUGAUCUUGGCUUUAAGGAACGUUCAUUCUAUUGUUCAGCUAGCGUCAACAAGAAUGGUAGAACAUCUCUUACGGGAAUUUGUACUGCUAUGUGUGUCAAAGGUUUGCCAUUCUUCAGAUAACAACACCAAACAAAGAUGGCGUCUGUGGAGGUAAGAGAAGACAACUCCGGGUUUGUUGACAACUGGCAAAGUGGGAAGUCCCUGGCGGAGUGUAACCUCCACAUGUUGAGCUCUGAGGACUCUUGUGACGUCAGCUUCCGGGUUGGGAAAGAAGAGAAGCUGGUCCGAGCUCACCGAUAUGUGCUGAUGAGUCGGAGUAGUGUGUUCCACGCCAUGCUGUGUGGCCCCCUGGCGGAGAAAGAGGAAAUUAAAAUACCUGACGUGGAGGAAGAAACAUUUUCUGAAAUGUUGAGGUACCUGUACACAGAUACGUCAACGCCGACUGCUGAGAAUGUGACAGGUGUGUUGUACCUUGCAAAGAAGUACGCCGUGGGGGGUCUGGAGCGCCUGUGUCUGACUUACCUGGAAUCCUCCCUGACAGCAGAGAACGCCUGUGUCAUCCUGGAACAAGCCCACGUGUUUGAUGAGGAAAAACUCCUUGACAGGGCUCUGAAGGUCAUUGUCCAGAAUGGAGAUGUCGCUAUUCAGAGUUCUGCCUUCACAGCUCUCUGUCAUACAUGUUUUCAUAAAAUUGUCAGUGCAGCUGAUUUUGUAGCCAAACCAGAAACUGUUUUCAGUGCUGCCAUGUCGUGGUGUGAAGAUGAGUGUAAACGACAUGGAAGGGAAAUAACACGGGAUAACAAACGACUCGUGUUGGGAGAUUCUGUUUACGACAUCGACUUCACUGCCAUGGAUGCAAAAGAGUUUGUGAGAUUUGUUGUACCCUCUGGGGUACUAUCGAAUGAGGAAUACAUAAAGUUGCUGUGUUUCUUCACCAUGUCGGAAGGGGACGUUGCGCCUUUUAAGAUAAAACCAAAGCAGUUGGUAUCACAUUCAAAGGUUUCAUUGUAUAAAUCUUCUGUGUACAGCAAAGGAAAAGCCCAGACUUCCGUCAUUAUUAUUAAGUGUUACGAUGAUCUUCGUCUUUUGGGGUUUGUUGUUUAUGGAUCUGGUGACUGCUCGUAUGACAUAAAAUUAGAACAUGAGAUUGGAGCGUCAUUUCAAGAUGCAAAGCAAGCCAAGUUAUCCGGCAAGUCAGGAUUUGGAGCUUGUGUGAAAUUACACCUUAACCAACCAUUUAUUCUUGAAAGAUGUGAAAGGUAUCGAAUACACAUUACAAUGGCAUCAGGUGAAACGGUCACACAAGGCAGCUCACUUUUGAGUGAAGUCUUUGCUGGCUCUUGUCGCAUUUCAGUUUCUAAAUCGGGAUUAAAUAAGACUGAAAAUGGUCUCAUAUCACAUCUUAUACUCGAGAACACAUAAACGUUCGUGGCUGAAAGAAAGUUAUCAUCAAUUACCUUCUGUGCACUUUGUGUGUUUUCGGUAUUGCUUUACCCCCAACUGUGGGUUGGUUAUGCUGACUCCUGUCUUGUUUUACGGUUUCGCUUAUUGGAGUAAAUGAGUGAAUAAACAAGGGAGGGACUAAGUGUGCGUGUCUGUACAAGUUUGGACCGCCUCCGUGGUCUAGUGAUUGAGCGUCCACCGGAGAGCAGAAGGUACGGGUUGAUCCCCGACCGCGUCAUACCUAAAGACGUUAAAGGAUGGCAUUUGUUGUUACCCUGCCUGGCGCUCGGCAUUAAGGGGCUAAAACAAGGACUGGCUGUUAUAUUUGAUUGGUAAUACAUUGUAUUGAUUGGUAAAUAUGUGAGUAUGGAGAUCCCUAAUUUAUAGCUUUGACGAUUUUCAUCCUACACAUUUUGGGCGCAUCCAUCAAUAUUUCCCAGAAUUGCAUCUUUACAUGUAUGUACGAUUAAAGGUACACUUCACCCAAAGGUGUCCUCACCGAAACCAGAAAUGUUUCAAAAAGAAAUGAACUACAAAUUCCGCUCACCGUAUCGAAUGCUCUUUCAUAAAUAGAAAUAGUGAAAAAAACCAAGAUACUUAGAUUUUGUGGUUUUCAAUAAUAGGUAAGGAGUUACCCUCGCAACUGAGGAAAAGAUUGCGUUCCAUUUGUGUUUUACCUCCAAUACAACAGCUUGAUUAUCAUUUGAGUUUAGGGAGUAUUUUCUACCAGUAUUGUCAUUUUUUAAAAACCGCAAAUAAAUGAUAUGAC